AGAGUAAAAGAGAUAGGUAAUGAAGGGGAGAAAGGGUUUUUUUAUUUCAAGUACAAAAAAAAACGCUUGUUUUUUGUGUAACAGGCCCACAAAGAUUCAAGCUGCGAUUCACCUUUGCGUACUACAGGACGCCCUUAUUCUUUACUCAAUGUCGAACUUGCAAGAAAUCAAAAAGCAGCAUAUUGCCUCUCUCUAUUCGCAUAAUGCCAGCGUUACAGUCAUCAUUGACGGGCAAAUGUACGAACUUCCGUGCAGUACACCCGAACUGACCGCGUCAUUGCUCGUCAAUUUACCUCCCGAGUUUCCCGAAGCACCACCCAUAAUAACAGUGUCGCCCAAUGGGAUGCGGCAUCCCUGGAUUGAAUCAGACGUUGUGGUGCAAGACGUUUUAACGCCGUCAGGUUGGGCUUCAAACCAGGUUCAGCUUGGCAAAAUUGUCAGUGAUAUUAUGGAAGAAUUUAUGCAACGACCACCAGCAAGAAAAAACACGAAUGGCAGCAACAACAACAACAACAGUAAUAAUGAUACUGCAGCAACUUUGGAGGAAAGCUACGGUCACCGACCACCGCCACCAGUACCUGCAGCUCAGCCUUCUUCAGCUUUGACGACCGCAGAAUACGGAUCGAUUGCAAACAAGACUACCGAAGAGUUAGAGGAACUUUUGACAGAUGAUGUGGCAUUCGAGCUGUUUUUCAACUCGUUUGAGCGUAUAAGAAGCAUGAAAACUGUCCAGGAAGAACUACGGAACGGCAAUGAGAAUCUAGCACAAAAGAGUUUAAGUAAAGAAGAUGCUGUACUUAAGCUACGUUCCCAGGCAAAGGAGUUAGAUGAAGAGUAUCGGAAGCUGCGAUCUGAAUUUGAUGAUAAGGAACGACAACAACAUGGAGCUUUUAAUCGUUUUUCAUCUUCGACGGUGCUUACCAGGUUAAAAGCAAGUGUAUACGAAUCUGACGAACUAUCAGAAUCCGUGGCACAGAGCUUCUUGGAUGGGAAUCUAGACCACGAUGGCUUUGUAAAGCAAUUCCGCGAGCUUAGAAAAGUAUACCAUCUACGAGCGAGCAAGCUGGAACGAGCGCAAAAAGAGAACCUAUUUAUCAAAAAGAUCCCCACUUAAAGACUUGAGUAUACACAACACCCGUAGUGAUGCCAUUUUUUGUAUUAUAUUCCUUUUAUUUCCUUCAGCCCCUUCAUUCGUCUUUCCUUCCAUCAUACUGCCAUUAUACUUUUACGUACUUAUAUAUAUAUAUAUAUAAACAUAUAUAUAAAACAUAGAUGCUGCCAACAUCAUUCGGAAAGGUGUGUAUUGAUUUCAGGUUGUGUGGUAUCAUAAUCUGUCGUCGUAACGUAUGCAUGCACGUACUUCUAGGGAAUAGGAUCAGCCAAUCACAUUUGCUAAUUUACCUUUCUCGCUUAUAGCGUAGCGCUUGCAUGUUUCAA